CGAACACCUCUCCCGGAAGAAACCACUUUGGAGGUUACUAAAUGAACAUAAACGCUGAUUGAAAUGGCGUCAGUCUCGGUUUGGGGCUGGGCGCUCUGCACCGUGUCUUUGCUAAACUUUGCGUUUGUUUUUAUAUCCGGGGCAGACUUUGUUCGGUUCAUUUCAUUUCGGGCAAUUUACCACAACAUCACCGGAGACACGAUACUAUGCCAAGGUAAGGUAUAACACCGCUGUUUGCUGUUGGCAGGCGACCAGAAGAAGUUAACUAACUUUAGUUUAAAAACAUGUUAUGACAGAAACCAAAUUGAUAGCAAAAGUCUUCGUUGUUAUCAAUUGACUACUCUUCAGCAGGGGUUGUGAGAUAGAAGGAGCUGAAUCAAAUGAAUGGCAGCAUUGUAAAAGGGACCAAAAGUCCCGAUAGUUUAAAGAGUUACGGUUAAACAGCCUAUUGAAUGGAACAAAUAUGUUGACUGUAUGUAUCAUCAUUAAAUACUGAACUAAGUAAAAAACCUCAAGUAAACUUUAUUCAUUUUAGUUGAAAUUUCGCUUUCUGGCCGGUAGGGGUCAGCGCCCGGCUAGCUCAGUCGGUAGAGCAUGAGACUCUUAAUCUCAGGGUCGUGGGUUCGAGCCCCACGUUGGGCGAUCAACGUUUUCGUUUUCUCUGUCCCUUUCAGACCAACACUGAAAAAUAAUCCUUAGAUUGUCUUACAAGGUUGAAAGUUUUAAAAUAUCAGGAGAAUCUGAAGCCAAAACACUAAUGUCAAUUGAAAUGUGACUGCAGAGUUUCUGUUUGGUGGUUCAAGCUCGUCCAGUGACCCGAGUUGAAAAGCUCAAGAACAAAAUACAAUGACAGUACAAUGCUUGCUUUUAUGUUUUAUUUAACUUUAAAGUAUCCAAAAGUAGGGCUGCUGUGUAAAAGCAAAAGAGCGCUGUGGUAAAUAACCAACAAUAUGGGUCAAUAUGGGUGCUCUGUAUUGUAGACUGAGGGGUGUUUAAUGCUUGAUUACUUGCAAACAAUGCUUGUGUGUUCUUCAGUGUGUCAUCUAGCUACUGCUGGUUCACAAAAAGAUAAAAGACAGACUGAGAGAAAACACUGUGAGAUGACAUGUUCUGUUAUAAUUUAAUUCUACUAAUUCUCCACAUGCAGAAACAUACAAUAACGUACACAAAACACAGUAAAUGCAUAAAAAGGAACAAAAAAUCAUCACAGCUGAUCUUUAUGACUGUCAAUCUGUACCCAGAAAGGAAAAUAACAAAUACCCAACACACACAAAAAAAAGAGUAAAAUAUCGCCAGACAUGUAAAUUUGCUCUCUGACAAAUGAUAGUGCAGGCAGAUUAGUCACUGUGUUUCAACUGUGUCACAACCUUGUCUACUGUGGAAAGAUUGUUGAGUAAUGACAGUGAAACUGAUGACUGACUCCUCCUUAAAGUGGCGUUAAAAGCAUUCCUGUGAGAAGUGCUGAGAUAGCUCACUUUUUUUUGUUUUGUAAAAACCUCUGCUGUCAUUCAGUUUGGUAAUGUGAUUUUCAAAUCCUACAGUAGUGUGACUUUUAUUCUCUGUGUGUCUUUACAUGCAAGACUCCAUCCCGUGGUCUGUGGCCCUGCAGGACAGCUCUGUCCUCAGGUCUCUUGGAGUGGAUGUGGCCCUGCUGGCUCUCUUCACCACACAGCACAGCCUGCUGGCCUGGUCUCCAGUCAAACAGGCCCUGCAAUCCGUGCUGGGGGCCCUGAACAGGACGGCGUACUGCUUCACAACUGCACUGGCCCUUCAGGUACCGCAAUGCAGACUCUUUAAGUAAAACAUUGCUGCUUAGUGCGUAGAGUUGAAAUAUCUAAUUGUUGAGUUCUCUCUUGUGUCAGAUUUUGAUGCGAUACUGGCAGCCGGUGACUGGCGCCCCCUGUCUGUGGUCGGUUCGUCAUGCUCCCUGGAGUAUCUGGUUUCCUUUGCUGUGCUUUACUCUGCACUUUCUCUGCUGGACCAUCAUCUGCAGCAUUCUUAUGAUCUUUGAUUACCCUGAGCUGCUCGGCAUCAAACAGGUAAAUAAAGAGUCACUCAUGGGUUAUACGUAUCUGUAAGAAGCUGAGCAGUGAAUAUAACACCACUAACAAAUUAAUUCAUACAAUCAUUCUUAAAGGGAUAUUCCAGCGUAAAAUUAAUUAAGGGUCAAACACGAGUUAACACCGAGUUAGACACCCCAAUAGCAAUACACAGCAGUCUGAGGAGCCAUAAACAAACCUCAACCAAACGCCUAAUUUCUUUCGCAAAUGCUUAAACCAAAGUUGGUAUAACUAGAGAAGCAAGCAGUCGACAACUUUCAUCUCUCGAGGGGGUGUCUAACUUGGUGUUACAGUGUGUUUGAUCCUAAAUUAAUUUUACACCGGAAUAUCCCUUUAAGGAAUGCCUGCUCAUCAUUUAAGUAUAAGAGUGUUUCCCAGCGUGGCAGGCCUUAUACUGCAGCAAAAACCCAAUGAUUGACAGUCUUUCUGCCUCCAUAGGUGUACUACAAGUGCCUUAGUCUGGGGGAUCCCUUGUCCGACAAGCCGCCCCGUGCUCAGCGCCUCCUUUCUCACCUGCGUCACCCGGUGUGCUUGGAGCUGGGCGUCAUAUUGUGGCUCCUGCCUUGUUUGUCCCUGGACAGACUCCUGCUGGCGGGGACUCUGUCAACUUACCUGGCCCUGGCUCACUCCCUGGACAAACAGGAUUUAGCGUAUCUUUGCGCUCAGUUUAACAGCAAGAUGCAGCUCUUUGGCGAGCCACCGCGGGGCAGCGCUGACGCAACAGACCAGGACACCAGUAACCAUAAGGAGAAGUGAAGUGAGAGCUGUUACCAGGCUGUGAGGAGAAGUACCCAGAAAAAGAGUACAGGGACCGUCGAUUAUCUGCUGCGCCGGACAAGAACAAACUAAUCUGCUUAAGUUAUUUUCACUUCACACUGAGUUUUUGAAACAUCUAAAUUUUGAUGUGGAAAUUUCUGCACACUACUGACCUAACUAAAGUGCUAUUUUUAGAAAUUUCAAACCUUAGGAAAAAAAUCUUCGGCCUUGUGACUGCUUGAGUACUGGGCGUGAAGACUUCACUUUCACAUUGUAUGAAUAUCGUGGAAAUUUCAGGAACAGAUUUGAUAAAACAACAUUAGCUCUUGGCUUUUGCUUAAGUGUUAUGGUACAUUUUUAUAGGCUGUUACAUUCCAUUUACUGUGUUUUUUUUUUGUAAACUACUUUAAAGCUCCAGUGAGGAACUUUUGAUACAUGUCUAAGUUUAUAUUUUUUUCUUUAACAGUUGAAUGUUCUUUUCAAAAAACACAGAAAGACACUGUUUUGACAUUAGGAAGUUUGUCACUCCUCCUGACACCUAACCCCUGCUGUCGUGUCUCCAGCUGUUUCAUAACCAGAUACGAACUCCUCAAAGGAGCUUUAAAAUUCAUUACAGGAAUUAAAAACAAGAGUGCAGCUUUAUACAGAUUUUUACAAUUUGCAGCUAUUAAGAAAUUAAGAAUGUGUUUCUGAACUGUGUUGUAUUGGGGAACCACUACUGAUGAGAGAGUUAUUUCAUGUCUUCUCCUGUAAAAGUAUUUUCUGUAUGUUUGUAAGUCCUGACUUUUAAGUUCUGUAUUAAUUUGCUCAUGUUUCGAUUGCUGCCACGCUGAAAUACUAGAGUAAUUCCCAGUAUUUUCAAAACUGUGUUUAAUAAAUUUCAGAGACUGUUUACUUUA